AUGGGAGGAUCCAAGGGUGUCGAAUUGUCCAAUGACAUCGAGUUCAUCAAGACCCCCGCGGCCCGACCUUCGCAAUUCCAAUCCGGAGAGGACUGCGGGAUUGCCCUGACCAGCUCUCCAGCCAUUAACAAUCCCCCUUUACCCGCCGAUGGCCCUGGAAAUGAGAGCUUCUCUAACCUCCUAUUAGCCGGCGCUCUCAUCGGUGUUCCGGGCCUCGUGACACUCCUACUAGGUUGUGGCAUCAAGACAUUCAUCUUCCUCGCCCUGGUUUCGGCCCUUCCCGUCUUAGUGGCGUUUUGGACCUGGACUUCUACCUGGAGCAGACCCACUCACAACAGAGUCAAGUUGCCGGGCCGGCCCCUUGAAUCCUAUGUGACCUUCAAACGCGAAGAGGAUCGGGCAAAAUGGCAUGGAAAGAACAAGAUUCCUAUGCAGACAUUUGCUGAGAUGUACCUGGAUGGCUUGGUGGAUUUCAACGGCGACACACUGGACGUCAUGGAAUACCGGCAUGACUGGGCAAACUUCUCCUUCACCUGGCAGUUAUUCAAAUUCAUCAUCUUUACAUUUUUCAUCGACGUGAUAUUCCACACGAAGGCCCAGGAUGAUGAGCAGGUCCGCCCUAACUAUGACUGCGGCAACGAUCAUUAUGCGUGGUUCCUCGGUCCUCGUAUGAUCUAUACCUCGGGAAUCAUCUCGGACCUAGAGCGGGAAGAAACCCUGGAGGAAAUGCAGGAUAACAAGAUGGCGGUCGUCUGCGAAAAGAUAAACUUGAAAGAAGGAGAAACGAUGCUCGAUAUUGGUUGUGGCUGGGGCACACUGGCCAGAUUCGCUAGUCUGAACUAUGGCGCCAAGGUAACGGGUCUCACCAUUGCAGAGAACCAAACCGCUUGGGGUAAUGAUGCUCUCCGAAACGCUGGUAUUUCUGAUCAACAGAGCCGAAUUCUCUGCAUGGACUAUCGUGAUAUUCCCCGCACUCAAUACGACAAGAUCACACAGCUGGAAAUGGGUGAACACGUCGGUAUCCGGAGACUUACCACGUUCUUCAGUCAGUGUUAUGAUAUGCUCAAGGAUGAUGGAGCCAUGUAUGUACAGCUUUCGGGCUUGAGACAAGCCUGGCAGUAUGAAGAUUUCAUCUGGGGUUUGUAUUUGAACAAGUAUAUCUUUCGUGGCGCCGACGCUUCCACUCCUCUGUGGUACUACGUGAAGUGCUUGGAACAAGCUGGAUUUGAGAUCAAAGGAAUUGAUACUGUCGGUGUCCACUACUCCGGAACUCUCUGGAGAUGGUAUCGUAACUGGACCGGAAAUAUCGAAGCAAUAAAAGCAAAGUACGGAAUGAGGUGGUACAGAAUUUGGGAGCUCUUCCUUGCGUGGUCUGUCAUCGCAUCUCGCCAAGGCUCCGCAACCUGUUAUCAAAUGGUCGUCGUCAAGAACUUGAACUCUGUUCAUCGCAUUGAUGGGACCUCUACUCAGUUUGGUCUGGCUGGUGCCCUCGCAUCUAGCAGAAAGGCUGGCAAAGCCCGUUUGGACUAA